UCUCUGUUAUAAAUCGACUCAGAUGAAUAUUCUAUUAUUUAGAUGUACAAUAUAAGGAAAAUACUAGAAAAUUAUGUCAAUUUUAUAUGAUAUAAUCAAGAAGUUCUAUUUCUGUGGAAGGAUUACAUAUGAUACAUUGAACAAAAUUUAAUUAUAUUACACAAUUCAUAUUAUUUCUACGGAAAAGGAAUCUUAACCUCACAAAUAAGGAAUUUUAUCCAUUAUCAACGUAAGUAUAGAAUUUCGGUGCUGCAAGUGACGAACAAGGCGAAAAAUUUCACCAGGACGUUUCCAUAAUAGAAAAGCACUAGCAAGGGAAAAAAGUACAGGAAUGCUAGCAGAUCACUAUUGGAGACAUUGAGGUAUCUUUAUUUCUAAGUGUUAGUAAUUUUUGUAGUCAUUGUAGUCAUUGUACAAAAUACAAAUACCUAGGCAUGAUCAUCACUAAUGAUGGAAGAUUAGAUGAAGCAAUAACACAAAGAAAUAACCAAGGAAGACAAGCAAUAAGACAACUAAAUAGUGUAUUGUGGGACAAACAAAUAUCCAAGGAAAACAAACAUCGAAUAUACAAUAGCAUAAUAAAAAGUAUAACAACAUAUAGUAGCGAAAUCUGGCCUCUAAAAGAAAAAACAGUCAAAAUGCUUGAAGCCACAGAAAUGGAUUAUUGGAGACGCGCGGCAGGAAUAUCAAGACUGGAAAAAAUAAGUAACGACAGAAUCAGGGAGAUCAUGAAAGUGCAACAUACGAUUACGGAAGACAUUAGGAUGAAUCAGUUAAGAUGGUACGGACAUGUCCAAAGAAUGCCUGAAGACCGCAUACCCAAACAAAUUUUAAAUUGGGCACCACAAGGAAGAAGAAAGAGAGGAAGACCAAGAUUAAGCUGGAGAGAAGGUAUCGAGAAGGAUAUUCGAGAGAGAGGAUUAGAAGAAGAUCUUUGGGAAGAUCGAGAAAAAUGGAAACUGGGAAUCGGAAGACGGCGAAGAACGUUUUAACCCGAUUAAUAUAUGGGUGAUUCCGUUCUAACUGUGAUUUUUUGUAUUCAAAAUUUCAAGAUUUUAAAAUUUAACUUUUCUAACUUUUUUAUGCAUAUUAUUCAUCUAUUUUACUGUAAAAAUAAAACUCUAAGAGGAAUUUACUACAACUUCAAAGUAUCACGAGCAAGACACAAAUGUCGGAUUUUGAGUUCCACGGUACUGACUCAUUUAUCCACGGUACUGACAUGGUAACUUAAGAUAUUAAGCAACAAGUGCAUCAAUUUUCCUCAGUUUGAUUAUAAACAUUAGAAUUUAUAAGGUAAUUAGUUUAAAUCAUUUGUUACGACAAAAAAAAUUAAUAAUUUAUCGGUAAAUUCUAGGAAUGGACAUGACACGGUACUGACAUUCAAGUGAUGUAGUAUAAGUUUUCUUUAAGUGGCAAGUUAUAUUGUAUAAAAAUAAUGUUUAAAUAUCUUAAGAAUUAUUCAAUUAACACAAAAUUUUUAUUAAUUGAUUAUUAAUUAAUGACUAGUACAAAAAAACAAUACAGGACAUUGAAUAUCACAGUUAUAAUGGAAUCACCCAUAUAUAUAUAUAUAUAUAUAUAUAUAUAGUAAUUUUUGUACUUUUUAUGAAAAUAUGUCUGGAUGUCACAGUACAUGCAAAAUUUGGUUUUCGCGUGACAAAAAAAAAUUUGUUGACCGCUGUGAUUAAAAGUUGUAAAGAAAGAAUGUAUUGUAUUUAUAAGUGAUAUUAUUCGGUAAAGAUAUAAUGAUUAACGAUAUUGUAUUGAUUAAAGAUAUUAAAAUAAAAUAAUUGGAUACCUUUAUUUAUCAUGGACAAGUAGGUAACUUUUGUUUCUCAUUCGUUUUCGGACAGUUAGACGUUUAAUUGAUUCUAUAAUUUGGUUCGUUCAAAUCAUAAACGACGGCUUAACUAGUGCCGUUGUUGGUUAGGUUUGAAAGGGUAUUUGGGCAUUAAGAAUGGUGAUUGCAUGU